UCUGUCAUCCUAUCUGGAAUGGAGAUGAUGGCUAUGAGGUCAUGGAAAAAACAGACAAGUAUGUUGUCCAAUUGGACAAACUAAAGUGCUCAUGUCGAGCUUGGCAACUUUCUGGAAUUCCCUGUACACAUGCCAUUUGUGCCAUCCAAGCGAAAUACCAAAAUCCCAAGGAUUACCUGCAUGGUUACUACCACAAAAGCACAUAUCUUGCUGCGUACCAGCACAUGAUGCAGCCUAUUAGAAGUACAAAAUUCUGGGAGCCGACAAAUCAUGAAGCCCCUCAUCCUUUACCACUUAAGAAACAAAUGGGAAGGCCUAAAAGGAGACGAAGAAAGCAGGAGGGAGAGCCCAGAAGUAAGAAGAUGAGCAGGUCAGGUGUAGAGAUAAAAUGCUCAUAUUGUCGUGAGGUAGGUCACAAUAAAAGUGGUUGUCAUUUGAAGAAGCAACAUCAGUUGCUUCAACAGCCAAGUGGAGGGACUCAAAUUGGAUCAAGUGCAGCGCCAGCACAAGAACCAGCUGAAGGGGCUGCUGAAAGGCCUGCUGGAGGGCUAGCUGAUAGGCAUGCUGAUUGUCUAGCUGAAGGGCCUGCUGAAGGCCAAGUUCAAGAACCAGCUGAAGAGCCAACCGGAGGCCCAGGUUUAAGGGCAACCUCCUCCUCGACUGUUGCACAGGCUAGGAGAAAAUAUCCAUUGAGAAGAAAACCAACUGAACAAGCAGCUCAGGUUCCUCAAAGUGAGGCACCAUAUCAAACAAGAGGGGUCCUCGGCAGAAGAUUAAGGCAAUAUGGUUAUGGAAUUUAUACGGACUUCAAUACUGGAAUGACUAUUUUGCAUCCUGGGAGGAGUUCAGAGGUUCUCAUAUCUCAAGUUGGCCCAAGCCAAGAGUCAAGAGCUGCACCAAAAAGAAUCCAACCAACAUCGCAAGCAGCUGGUCCGAAGAGAAGAAGGGUGGCUGCAGAGAAGAGUGUUCGUAAACUGCCACCAACAAAAAACUCAACACUAGUUCCUGAUCAACCAGCACAUGCUGACAGCUCCAAAACAGCCACCAACACCAGUAAGAAAAAGAUAGUUGCUGCGCCUAAGAAGAAAUCUCGAGCAAGAAGGCCAGUAGAACAACCUGCUGGUCCAGCAGUUGAAAAAGAUGCAGCUGGAGCAGUUCAAGAAGAAGCAGCUCUAGCUGUUGAAGAAGAUGCAGCUCAAGCAAUUCAAGAAGAAGCAGCUCCAGUUGUUGAAGAAGAUGCAGCUCCAGCAGUUCAAGAAGAAGCAGCUCCAGCUAUUGAAGAACCUGCAUCUUAAGAAGAACAACCUGCAGUUCAUCCAGUUCGAAAGAGUCAAAGAAUUAUAAAUCAAUUCAAGAAGCCGUUGAAAGGAAAAGGAAAUGGUGGACUUAUCACUAUUGACUAAUGGAAGGGUGUUGAGGUGAUUGUUAGUUUUUGUGAAAUUAGGGAGGUUUACCAUAUUGGCUAAUAGGAGGUUGAUUUUUUGUAGUCCUGGAAUGUUAUUGACUAAUGGGAUGUUGUGUGUAAUGACUAAAUUCGAUGUUUACCGUGGUUAAGGUGGUUGUGAUUUC